AUGGAAAAAUACAGAACUGCAUUAGAAACACUAAAUGAAGAUGAUAAUAUCAAAUACUCAAAAGAUGACAUUGAAUUUUUAUUUGAAAGAGUUCUGCUUUCAACUGAAAUAAUAGAUGAGAAAAAUGAUGGUACUAAAGGUUUGGAACAUUAUCUGGUUCCAGAAUAUAAAAGGGUUAGAACAUUAAUUGAUGAAAAAUCAAAAAAUUUACAACAAUCUAAUAAUAGAAAAAGUUCAUAUUAA